AUGCCACCGCGGUUACCGGUGCGGCCGGGCCUGUUGUGCCGCUCGGCCGCCUCACCUUCGUCCCUCGUCCUUCGCCCGUACUCGACCAGUCCGUUACAGCAGCCGUCUAGCCAGAAUGACAAGCCGCCGUCGCUGGCAACGGACGUGCCGCCAGAGUCGCCCCGCUACGUCAAGUACCCGAGACCCCGCCAAUCCGAAGAACACCCGCGACCCGAUGUCAAGGGUCACAUGCCCGUGCCACGCGACGUCUUCCGCGCACAAUAUGUGCCAGGACGCACAAAGGACAUCCUCCACAAGUGGGCCAAGAAGUCAGAUGCGACCGCCUUCACAGAAAGCGCGGCGCCGCUGUCCAAAGCGGAGCAGCGGGGCGAGGAGGCCUGGUCCGAGCGCGAGAUUAUGCGCCGGCGCCUGGCCGCGAACCGGCGACAGGGUCUCUUGGCCGGUCUGCGGGGCCUGUGGACGCGCCAGCAGGAAACGAAGCGGCGCGACCGGGCCCGCUCCACAAACCUUGCCAACCGAAACCGGCGGGCGGCCCUCGCCACGCCCGAGGGCCGCGACGACGUGCUCACGCGCUCGUCGGUGCGGGACGUGACGGCCAAGACCACAGCGGUCAUCCGCGACCCGCUGCGGCACGAGAAGCAGGCUGCCUCGGCGGCACGCACGGCGGCCAUUGCGCAGGCGAAGAAGGAGGCGCGGCGCGAUGCGCUGAUGGAGCUGUACCACGCGGCGGGCAAGUUUAUUGUGGACGAGCAGGACCUGGAGCGCCGCGUCAGCGAGCUGUUCCGCCCCGACUACUUCAAGGAGGAGGGCUACAGCUACGGCUCGGUCAACGCGGAGAACAUUUGGGAUGUUGUGGGCAGGCCGGCGUCGGUGCGUGACCUGAUGCAGGGCAUCACGCGGACGGAGACGAAGCUGUUUGACUCGAAGCGCACCGAGCUGGACCGUACGACGAAGCGGCAGAAGCUGGUAGCCGAGGCGUUGACGGGCGGCAAGAUGCCCGUAUAG